GGAGCUCGAGGCUGAGCGCGCUGGGGGGCGGCAAGCGGCGGGCUCCUCAGCGAUGUUUUACUCAGGGCUCCUCACCGAGGGCGGCCGCAAGGACACCGACAUGCGGGAGGCGGCGUCGCUGCGACAGCAGCGCCGAAUGAAGCAGGCUGUGCAGUUCAUCCACAAGGACUCCGCCGACCUGCUGCCCCUGGAUGGCCUCAAGAAGCUGGGCUCUUCCAAGGACACGCAACCUCAUAACAUUCUGCAGAGGCGCCUAAUGGAAACCAACUUGUCUAAGCUCCGAAGCAGUCGUGUCCCUUGGGCCUCCAAGACCAACAAACUCAAUCAGGCUAAGUCUGAGGGGCUAAAGAAGUCUGAAGAUGAUGACAUGAUUUUGGUUUCUUGCCAGUGUGCUGGAAAGGAUGUGAAAGCCUUGGUUGACACAGGCUGUCAAUACAAUCUCAUCUCCUCAACCUGUGUGGACAGAUUGGGACUCAAGGAGCAUGUCAAAUCUCACAAGCAUGAAGGAGAAAAGCUUUCUCUACCCCGGCAUCUCAAAGUAGUGGGCCAGAUUGAGCACCUAGUGAUCACACUGGGCUCCCUCCGCCUGGACUGCUCAGCAGCUGUGGUUGAGGACAAUGAGAAAAACUUGUCCCUUGGUCUCCAGACUCUCCGAUCCAUGAAGUGCGUCAUAAACUUGGAUAAGCACCGGCUGAUCAUGGGGAAGACAGAAAAGGAAGAAAUACCUUUUGUGGAGACAGUUUCUUUGAAUGAAGACAACACUUCAGAAGCAUAACUCUACAGCCUGCAGCAUGUCUGCCUGUGUGAAUACAUACCAGACUGAAAGAUUGAGCAAACUGGGUUUGAACCAAAUGCAGUAGCAACUUGCUGUGGACCAAGUCCUUCCCUCUAAUAGAAGUGCCAGGGGUUCCUUCCCACUCAGACCUCUCUAGACUAUAAUCUGUGCUUAGAGAUCUUGUCUGGUAAAGCCUUUGUUUUUUACUCUUUUGAUCACUUAUAGACCCUUUUUGACACUGCCAGGUCUCACUUGGGGCCUGUUUCUCUGCUUCUUCCAGAAAUUUGCUUUUAUUAGUCAAGUAUAGGGGCCCCAAGGUUCUAUUUCUCCAUAGAUACACUUGCUUCUUUUCCUGUAGCUAAAUGUGUAAUAAACAGGAACCUGACCUUUACUUCCUUUCAGCUGUUUCAAAGAGGUGCAGGAUACCUAUGUCUUGGAAUUAGAAUUUUCAAAUUCAUUUACUGAUUUCUCAAGUAUGAAUUGAUUUGAAAGAACCCGGAGAGAACAUCUAGUCCAACUCUUUCAUUUAAAGGUCAGAGAGGCCAGUGAAUUGUCUGAGCUUAUAUAUUAAAUUGGUGGUAGAAGGGACCUAGAACUCAGGCCUGACUUCCAAGUCAAGGCUCCCAGGCUGCCUCAUUUGUCUUUAGUCCUUAAGGGGAGGAUGAAGAGAUGAGAGUGUGU